UUUGAAUCUUAAAAAGAUACGCCCAAAAGCAUCGUGAAACAAAAGUUUUACAAUUGAUUCAUUAUGUAUCUUUGACGUUACCGUUUUUAGAAUUUGGAAUAUUUCAUUGUUUUAACGUUCAAUUGUUGUCGCAAACGUAUCUAGUUGAAAAUUUUGAAUCCAUUGUCGUGAAUGAUAAAAUAUUGAUACAUAUAUAUAUAAAAUUAUUGUUGCACGCGUGAUGCGACAGAUAAUGUUGAGAUUGAUGAUAAACCAAUCGAAGCUAACACGAGUCGAGUAAUAAUGAGUGUAAUUCGCCGUAUAAAUGUCGACUUGUAUCGACAAUCUCAGGCACAAUCUCGAAGCAACAUCGCGACGAAAGAACGCGUAAUUUAUGUGGAGGCGGUGAUGAUGCGAGGAAAUGAUGCGACGGCUUGGCGCGACUCCUCGAGAGUAGUAUAGCGAUAGUGAAUAAGAGUGCGGAUCGUAAGAGGCUAUUCGCUGUGGAAGCGGGAAAAGCCCGCGCGAACGAGGUUUACGCGCGCAUAUUUCCCGCGUGAUCGACGAUGGUCGACGAUGGUCGACGAUGGUCGACGAUGGUUGACGACGGUCGACAGCCGCGAGCGCGGUACGAUAUGUACAGUCUGUCAAUACGUGUGGCUGGACCGCGCGUGUGUGCGUAGGACGGAUCAGCUGAGCGCCAGCUGUGCCGCGCGUCUCGGCCAAUCGGCAACGCGGAGAGCGGCGCGGCGUGGCGCCCAUAGCUCCGGCGUUCCCGCGAAACGCCAAUUCACAUCGUCAGGCGCGCCAGUUUGUUUCGCGCGGCAGAAACUCGUCCGCGUACUCGCGUACUUCCGAGUUCCGCGAUCGUUCCGCGAGUGUGUGGUCACCGCGUUAGCUCGCGCGUUUCCCGUCCAGCCGAGGCCCAUGGUGGAUACCUGCGAAGAGAUUGGCAACGUGGAACGCGAGCAGGAAAGCAACGGCGCGUGAGCAACGCGUAGCUGCAUGGCCUCGAGGCGGGCUUUCGCACAUCUUCCGUUUACCGCGCGCGCGCGUAAACCUCUCGAUUCGACGCGGUCCAAUCUUCGAGGCAUCCAGGACAUCGCACGAGACACGCAUCUACCUGUCCGGACGUUGAUCGCACUGCACUUUGAAGGAUAACUCGCUUCGGACGAGCCAAUCGAACGCGCGCGGUUCCUCGCGGAAGGACGCUGAUCUCGGAGUCGCUUUUUGGAGGAGAGAAAUAUAUCGGAAUCCACUUGCCGAAGAAAGGGUAACCAAGAGUCCGAGUCGCGUAACGGUGUCACACGUCGAAUGUGCCAUGAAAUUUUCCCAAAUUUGCCCCUUUUUUGAGGUUAUAUACGGCAUAUAGAGGGCGUUACAGGGCGUACAGGGGUUGGUCGUCGUUUCGCGCGCUAGUCUCCCGCGCUUCCACAUCCACGUUCCCUAUUUUUCUUGGAAUAUUCUUUAUUCGCUACCGAUUCACGGCCCGUAAAUAGCUCACGAGAGAGACAGAUAAAUUUUCCGAUCAGAAAAAUUGACACCGAUUGAAAAUUAGGAGUCGAUACGUCGAAUCAACGACGGUCAGGAGUACGUGCAUUAUGGCGAUCAACGGCGUGUAGGCUUCGCGCGCUCCUCCGCUUUUCCUUUCUUUUUCUCAGGAAAAUCAUUACGCUCGGAUCGUGAAAAUUGAGCGAACGUUCGUUCCAAAGAUCUCCGCCAUCUAAUACAUUUGGAAAAAAAUUAUUCCGACGGCAAAUAUUUUCUGUACACGUUGGCAAUCCCGCAGCAAGAUGCCACAGAGCAGUUUGCAGGAAAAAAAAUCACAAACUUAUUUGCAAGGAGGCAAGGCACAGUCUGUAAAACGUAAGAGACGUGCGACGGAACUCUCGGAAGAUUCAGAAAACAUAUAUCCACCUAGUAAAGUACCCGUACUGACUCAUGUUUCCUAUGUGGAAUCCUGUCAUACUACACAUUCGGUAGACGCCACAUGCACUCUCCAGCAUCAAACGUCUCCAUUAAAAGAACAGCAAGAGCCGGCAACAUGGUCGGAAUUACGAAUUGCAACUUGCUUUUUAACACCUUCAACCUCCAACAGUACAGCUGUUAGACCUAGUCCAUUACCGUCUCUCCCAUGGGCCGAUGGCUCCCAAGUAUGGUCCAUCAUGUGUCUUGGAGAUCAGAAAACACUAAUUCAGAGGGAUCCAGAAAUGUUCCAAAGGCAUCCAACAUUACAGCCACGGAUGAGAGCAAUUUUAUUGGAUUGGUUGAUUGAAGUCUGUGAAGUGUAUAAAUUACACAGAGAAACAUAUUAUCUCGCUAUGGACUAUCUAGACAGAUAUUUGUCUAUUCAUCAUGACGUACCUAAAAAUCAAUUGCAACUUAUAGGAAUAACUUGUCUUUUUAUCGCUUCUAAGGUUGAAGAAAUAUAUCCACCUAAAAUCGCAGAGUUUGCAUAUGUCACUGAUGGAGCUUGUACGGAAGAAGAAAUUUUGGGAAAGGAGUUGAUGAUAUUGAAAGGACUUGGAUGGAAUCUAUCCCCGAUAACUGCUCCAGGAUGGCUCAAUAUUUACAUGCAGAUCGAAUCAGGCGAUUCAUCUAGACCAAACGCUUUUAUAUAUCCACAAUACGGUGGAUUACAAUAUUCUCAAGCAGCUCAACUAUUAGAUCUAGCAACUUUGGACGAAGGCUGUUUAAAGUUUCCAUAUAGUCACAUAGCUGCAGCAGCAAUUUACCAUACUCAAGGAAGGGAAUGCGCAUUAAGAGUAUCUCGACUAUCAUGGGACCAACUUGCUCCAUGUGUCAAAUGGAUAACACCAUUUGCUACCACUGUCGCAGAAGAGGAAUCCCAGUCUCUUUUAAGAUCUACGAUCCCACCCGUGGAAUCCAAUUCUGGUUCCGGACUGAAGGCCACUGUACCUAACAUUGUUGUGGACGAAUCGCAUCGCAUACAAACUCAUGUGGUUGAUUUGGAUAUGUUGGAAAAAGCGCAGCAACGAUUAGCUAGAGAAAUUCCGAGCGGUUAUAUGAACGAUUCGGACACAAAUGUUGACUCUGACAGACAGAGUCCGAAUGAGAGUGGCCUUUUAACGCCACCAUCUAGUAAUCAAAAAAAUUCUCCGUUAUCAACAUGCCCUACACCACAGUUACAUCCUUAUACAUAAUUAAAUAUUUACAAACAUUUCUCGUACAUUACAUAUGGUAAAUUAUUAUAUUUACUUUCUAAUCGUGUGAAUUACAUCACGAUAGUUUUUUAUAGAAGCAUGAGAUAUACUUUAUGGAAAAGGCAGAUAUGGAGAAAUGCUGAUAACAUUGAAUGUUAUUGUACAUAAUCUUCUGAUACUUCCUAAUCGCAUCCUUGGAUAAGAACAAUACUUUAGAUAUAACAAUAAGAUAUUUAGUAUGAGAUAUCAAACUUUUUCAAAUAAUAAUUCAUAACACAUGUAGCACAAUUAAUUCACAUCACUUAUUUUAUUACAGACAAUUGAAAAAGUGUCUUUAUAAACCCGUGUUGUUUAUAAAUGCUUCUCAAAACACAUUUAUGAUUUUAAAUAGCAGUCAUACAUGACUGCUUUCUGUGAUUAUGUCCAAACAGUGAAAUUUCACAUUGUUAUAAACAAAUCAGAUUUAACUUGUCUUUACUUUAUGAGCAUUAUAAAUAUAAGAAAAAAAUAUUAGUGCCUGUGCAACACAAGUGUCUUUAAAUAAUUAUUUCUAUCUGUUUUUUGAAAGAAAGAGAGCAUUGUGAAUAGUAUUCUUUUAUAUAGCUUUAUUGUAAUACAAUGUAUUACGAUAGUGCAUUACCUAGCUGGAUGAAUGCAUUUUUAUUAUGUAUAUGUAUAUUAUGAAAUUCUAUUAUAAAAACAAAGUCUUUAUAUUCUCUUUAUAUUCUAAAUGGAAAAUGAAUGGUGAGAGAGAAAUGAAUGAAAGAAACGAGUAUGACUGCUAAAUAAAACAAAUAAAAAAAAAGACUAAUAAUCUUUAAUAAAUAAGCAUUAAAACUUUGUGGUGAAUUUGCACUGCCUGAUAUGUAGUAAGGCGGCGGUUUAUAUAUAUAUAUAUUUGUAUGAGUUUGACAAUAAAUAUUUUGCAAACUUA